CGCAGCUGCAGCGCCAUCCCUUGCCUUCUCCACAAGCAUCACCGGCCAGCCAAGCCUUCCCCUUUGAUCUCCACGCGCGGCCUUCGUCCAUCCUCUCCUCCGGUCGAGGUCGGGGCGCGAUGGGCGGCAGCGGCGUCCAAGAAGAAGAGGCCGGCACACCGCCAGCCAUGGUUGUGCCACCGGUGGUCGUGAAGGGCAAGCGCAGCAAGAGGCAGCGCGUGCACGCGCCGCCGGCUGUGGUGGAGGCGGCGGCGGCGGCGCCUGAGUGGUCGUCAUCUGCGGCAUCGGCUGCCACGGCGCCGGGCGGGGACGACUCGGGGUUAGCGACGGCCACGUCGCCGUCCGCCGCGGACGAGGCUGCGUCCGCCGGGUAUUGCCUCACCAAGGAGGACGAGGACACGGCGCUCUGCCUCAUGCUCCUCGCGCACGGCGAGCCCGCAGUGGCUGGCAAGGACGAUGGCGGCGGGACGGUAGCGGUGGCGGGCAAGGAGGCCAGCAGGUUCAGGAGCCGCCGCCUGGCCGCCAACGACGGCGCUGCCUCCGGCGAGUACGUGUACGAGUGCAAGACGUGCAACAAGUGCUUCCCGUCCUUCCAGGCGCUGGGCGGCCACCGCACCAGCCACAAGAAGCCACGCCUGCUGCUUCCGCCGGUGCCGCCGCAGCCGCCCCAGGAAACGGACCACCUGCUGGCCCCUGCCCCUGCAGCUGCUGUGGAACCAACUGAUACGUCGCCGCCGCCGCCGCCGCCGACGACGACGACGAGAGAAGGGGCCGCCGAUGCAACAGUGCUCGCGAUCCCUGUUGCCGUGGCGCCAAAGCAAGAAGGACAGGACGCGGGCGCCGCCGCCGUUCCCAUCGCGAUCGCCAUCGCCGUGGCCGCGAGCAGCAGCGGCAGCGGCAGCGCCAAGCAACAUCACCCGCGGGUCCACGAGUGCUCCAUCUGCGGCGCCGAGUUCGGGUCCGGGCAGGCGCUUGGCGGCCACAUGCGGCGGCACCGGCCGCUGGUGCCGGCGGCGGCGGCCUCUCGGGACGACCUGCACGCGCCGAGGAAGGAGAAGAGCCUCCUGGAGCUGGACCUGAACUUGCCAGCUCCCUGCAACGAGGCCGAUGCUCCGGAGCUGACGUCCCCACGCUUCGCUUUCGCCGUCGCGGAUCGGCCUCCGGCGCCGCCGCCCUUCCCGCCGGCCACGCCGUCCGCCCUGGUUGACUGCCAUUACUAGUAAAUACAACACACCAAUCAGCCCCUUCUUCUGCUUGGAUCAUCAUUAUCAUCAUACAUAAUUACUACUGCAUACAUACAUAUACAGUGACACACACACAUACACUACACGCCACUUCGUUCCUUGCUUUCUAGAUAUUCUUCUUCUUCUUUCUUCUUCUGUUCUUUGUAUUCUUAGAUCGAUCGGUCUAUUUUGAUUACAUUAUUUUGUUCAUGUUCAUCAAAAGAUUGGGGAUUUGGAACGGGAGAUGUGAAUUAUCGGGUACAGAAACAGAGACGCGUGUGAGAUUUUAUUAAAAGUUCUAUUGAUUCAUUCGUUGAUUU